AAUAAUAUUUGUGCAUUCUACUUUUGCCUUCUGUUCUAAUCAUUGCUGUCCCCCGAAAACAAACGUUUGGUCUCCUCUUUUCUUUUUAAUAAUUUUUUUUCGUUUUCCUUCGAAAAUUAUUUGUAAAAUGAGCGACAUACAACACAAUCUAUUUCUACCCACUUGUUGCAAUCCCUGUUUGAUUUGCCCAACACCCGCUACAACUGAAACCGUUAACCCAGUAAAACUAUUAAAAUGUCUCGGUUGUAAAUUAGUUCUCUACUGCUCCACAGCCCAUCAAAAACUCGAUUGGCCCAUUCACAAAAGAUUCUGCCAAGCCGUUGGCACUUUACUAGCCGAACACAAAAUCAAUCAUUUAUUUGCAAUUGCUGGACCAAUACGAACAAAAAUUGACCUUAGCGAAGUUACAGUUAAAAUUAAAUACAAACUUGUAACGCUCCUCAAGCGACCACUUGAUUACCAUGAAGAAGAACUCACAUCAUUCCCUGUUAUGUGCUGUGUAUGCUUUUCAACUAAAUACAAUAAUUUGUACCAAUGCAAAAAAUGUAAUGCUGUAAGCUAUUGUUGUCCAUUGCAUGAAGAAGACUAUGCUCCAAUUCAUCAGACAGAAUGUCUUCAACUCAAAUUACACUAUUGUAAGUUUAAAAUUGAUUCGAAUUUGAUUUUUAAUCUAAAAUUGAAGAGAAAAUGUAAACUUUUUAAAUCUGAUUUGUCAAAGACAAUGGCUCACAUGUUUGGCAUUGACUUGGUUUCCGAUCCAAGCGAGAGUCUUGUUGAGUAUCAGAAAUUCUCGUUUGCAUCGGAUUUCUCUUGCAUAGCAACCAUUUCGUAUGUAGCAGAAUAUUUGAAAAACUAUCAGAAAUUCGGUCGGGAAUUCACUUUGUUUAUAGCUGGAUCGAAAUCAGAUGAUAUCUGGUUUACUCCGCUUCACACAGAGUUCUUCUUUGUCUGCUUUCCUGAUAUCUCUCAUUUAAAUGUCAUAUUUAUUGGCCCUGAAAUUCCAAAUAAACAUAAUAAUGAAACAACUACAAUACUCGAUAAUGGAAGAACACUUUUAAGAAAAUUCUUUCAGGGAACAAUUGAAAUGUAUUUGGAAAUGAGUAAAAAUGACUUGAAACCGGAUAUGAUUGUAUGUUUCAACUGUGGAUUUUCGGAAAAUCCACGAACAGAUGGGCCAAGUGAAUCUUGGUAUAAGGGACUUCAACAAUUGAUUGAUCUACCUGAUGUACCAAUUUUGUUUACAUCAUAUACAAGUUUGGAGGCUGAUAGUGACUUGAGAGCUUUGGAAAAAGUGGUCGAGGAUAGGAAGGACAAUCUUUAUCGGUUACAGGAAAUUAUUGGGAAACAACAAAAUCCUUACAGAGAUAUGAGACCGCUUCGAAAUUGGCAAUCCAAUGACAUAGAGAGUAUAUUCUAUCGUAAUGGAUAUAUUCAUGUUGUGAAAAUUAUUUAUCAAAAUUAAUUUUAAAUUAGAUGUAUAGAUAACGACUUUUUUACUUUUGAUUAAAAAUAACUUUAUUGUUUUAAAAAGCAUUUUUACUUUGAAGAGCUUAGCAAUCUU